AAAUCAGAAAUCCAAUCGACAAACUUAAAACCCUAACUGAUGAAAAUAAGAAAACAAAAGACCCUUUCAUUUCUAAACACAAAUUCCGGCUUUCUUUUGGUUUUUUUUUUCUCUGGUCAAUUUUAGUUUUUCCUUAAGUUUCUUUGACAGCAGUGAUUGGAAAUUGCUGUUAGGCUGAUGCAAAUGCGUAUGAUUUGUUCAGUUAAAAGGAAUCAUGUCUUUCGAUGUCAGUAGAAAAGAGGCCCAGCAGCCUGCGCCACCGACCACUGGUCACAAUGGCAAUGUCGUGGCGGUAUUGCCUAGCAUGUCGACGGUUACGGCGAACCGGUUACGGCUGAAUCCUAACACGGAGCACAAGCCGGAGAGCUACGAGGGUUUGCAGUUGGAGUUCAGUCCGCUUCUGUUCAGCUCCCUGGAACGUUACUUGCCUCCUCCCAUGCUCUCACUCCCUCGCGAUUCCAAGCUCCAUUACAUGCGCGAUAUUAUCCUUCGUUACUCUCCUGAUGGCGAACGUAUUCGCGUUCAAAGGCAUCGAGAAUACAGACAGAAGAUUAUAUCGCACUAUCAGCCUCUGCAUAGAGAAUUGUAUACGAUGCAUGCCUCAAACUUCUUUGCCCCUUCAUUUCUCAAAGCAAUUAAUGAGAAUAAAGAGGAAGGUUUUAGAAGUAUAAUGGCUGAACCUACACUAGGGGUUUUUACUUUUGAAAUGUUUCAGCCUCGUUUCUGUGAAUUGUUGUUAUCUGAGGUAGAAAACUUUGAAAAGUGGGUCCAUGAGACAAAAUUCAGAAUCAUGCGACCAAACACGAUGAACAAAUUUGGUGCCGUUUUAGAUGACUUUGGCCUGGAGACCAUGCUUGGCAAGUUGAUGGAGGACUUUAUCCGGCCUAUAUCCAAAGUUUUCUUUUCUGAUGUGGGUGGAUCUACAUUGGAUUCUCAUCAUGGUUUUGUUGUUGAAUAUGGAAUUGACAGGGACGUUGAGCUUGGUUUCCAUGUGGACGAUUCCGAAGUCACCUUAAAUGUUUGCUUGGGUAAACAAUUUUCUGGAGGGGACUUGUUUUUUCGAGGUGUUAGGUGUGAUAAGCAUGUCAAUACAGAAACCCAGUCGGAUGAAAUUUUGGAUUAUUCACAUGUUCCGGGACGUGCUGUUCUUCAUCAUGGGCGCCAUAGGCAUGGUGCAAGAGCCACAACAUCUGGUGAACGAUUCAACUUACUUUUGUGGUGUAGAAGUUCGGUCUUUCGUGAGCUGAGGAAAUAUCAGAAAGAUUUCUCAAUCUGGUGUGGAGAGUGCCAACGUGAGAAAAAAGAACGUCAGCGUGUCUCGAUAUCUGCUACCAAACAGGAACUGCUGAAGAGAGAAGGGAAACCUGCCACAUAACUCAAGCUGUUUGCAAGUUUUUGGGUGUGACAUUGUAAAAAUAAGCUUGGAUCAUUCCUUCAAACUCAAAAUAUAUUUUUUCCCUUAAUUUGCCAAAUUAGGUUGGUAAAAGAUGGAAGGGUGAAUGAUCAAUCUUGUGCUGUACAUCCGUGUCUUGUUUUAAGUAUCGCACCUGGCUAGUAGGCCCUUUAUCAGCCGACUACAACCAUAACUAAACUCUCUUCUAGCAAGUUAAGAGUUCAAUGUGUAUUCGCUACACAAAUGGCAGGCAGUAGCUUCCUUCUACAUACUCCAUUGUUUGUUCAAUAUUGUUGGGGUCUGGAAAAUUGUCGACAAAGCUUUAGUUGUUGGGGUUCCCCACUACUAAAGUUAUUUUUGAGAUGGGUUCUUUUAAGAAUGUUGAGUUUCCAGGGAGGGAAUGUAAGUGCAUUGUUUUUGAAGAAUAUUUAGAUAUUCUACAAUACGUUUCUUUAAUUAUCAUUGACAACCUGAAAUUGUUUUGAGUAA